AUGUCAGAUGGGUACAUGUGGUUUGAAGGGGUACCUUUCCCUGUCGUGGGUUACACACUGGAGCACCUGAGAGCAAUGCAGAAUUUUGUGUUUAAGGACGAAGAUGGCUUAAUACUGUCUUUCCCCAAAUCAGGAACAAACUGGUUGAUUGAAAUUCUCUGCCUGAUUCACUCCAAGGGGGAUCCCACGUGGAUCCAAUCUGUGCCCAUAUGGGAACGCUCUCCCUGGGUAGAGACUACGAGUGGAUACGAAGUCCUGAAGGGCAGGGAAGGCCCACGCCUCAUCUCCUCCCACCUCCCCAUCCAACUCUUCCCCAAGUCUCUCUUCGAGUCCAAGACCAAGGUGAUUUAUCUCAUCAGAAAUCCAAGAUGUACUCUUGUGUCUGGUUAUUUUUUCUGGAGUAUCUCCAAUUUUGUUAAGAAACCAGAGUCACUAAAACAAUAUUUUGAAUGGUUCACCCAAGGAGAUGUGGCAUUUGGGUCGUGGUUCGACCACGUUCAUGGCUGGAUGUCCAUGAGAGGGAAGGAGAACUUCUUGAUAGUGAGUUAUGAAGAGCUGAAGCAGGACACAAGAAACACGAUACAGAAGAUCUGCCAGUACCUGGGCAGGAUGUUAGAACCAGAGGAAAUGAACUUAGUCCUCAAGAAUAGCUCCUUCCAGGUCAUGAAGGAAAACAAGAUGUCCAAUUACACGCUCCUGCCCAACUGGCUUUUAGAUGGGAAGAAUGGCUCACUUAUGCGAAGAGGCACUACUGGGGACUGGAAAAAGUACUUCACCGUGGCCCAAGCUGAAGUCUUUGACAAAAUAUUCCAGGAGAAGAUGGCAGGCCUUCCUGGAGAGCUGUUCCCAUGGGAAAGAUGUUGAAAGACUUCUAUGUCUCCUAAAGAUAAAUAUCUGUUCUCCUGCUGUGAAUGGCCAGCCGUGAUUGCAUAAAACCUGUUCUUUCAUCUGGGAGCCUUGAGUGAUCAGAUCUCUGACCUUUGACAAUUUGAUUGUUAAAAAUUACCAGGACAUCUUUAGUUCACAGUGUGGCAUCCGAGCUCUUAAAAAACAUUGACUACAUUCAGAAUGAUGCAAAAUAAUAUGAAUAUUACCAAAGCUAUGCCAAAAAUUGUUUAUAAAAAUGAGAAAUAAAAUGACAAAAAAGGCA